UAGUUCACUGUGAUGGCGUCGCGACCGUGAUCGACUCCUGCUCGACUGACUGCAGCAUUUGCGAUUUUGAUUGAGACCGAUUUUUGACUGGGCUGGCAGUUGAGAUUGGAUACGUGUGUGUCUCCUCGGUACUGGAGAGGUCGGGAUCGAAGGGAUUGGGACUGGAGGGACUGGGAUCGGAGAGGGGGUGGAGCCCCGGGAUACGACCGAGCCCCGAGCACGCCCCUUUCCUGCCUGUGUCAUCAUAGGGGAGCAGACUCGCCUCUAACCACGCUCUGCCCGCAUCUUCCGUGCACACGCGAUCUCGGGAACCCCUCCUUUCUCCCCUAGGCUGGCAUCACUGUCUCCGUCCCAUUCCGCCUCCGGUGUUUCCCCCCUAGCUUGAUCUGUUUCGGAGUCCCCCUCCUCCUUCUCUGACACUGCAUCCGCCACCGACGCGCGCAAUUCCCGUUUGGCUCGUGUCCGUACCACGAUUCGAGCAGAUCUCCGCGUUCCAACUUCUGGGGAUGGCGUCAUCACCACGCGCCUGCCGCGUCUCCCUACGGGUGCCGGCUGGGAAUCUGCAGCUGUCCCGCCUGGCUUGUCCCUGGACGCUGUCGCCGCGGUCUGAGACGUGUUCCCGGGUGGCUGCAUUUUGCAUGCCACAUUUGUCUCGCGGUUUCUGUCCCUCGCUCGCGUUUUUUGCAUUGCGCCGCUGGAAAGUGCCGCCGCCGCGCCCGCACAAGCCGCGUCAGCUCCCAUGUCUGCCAUCGCCUCUGUCCCCCCCUCGCCGGCUGGCCCUGCCGCCGCCUGAGGCUGCCAUCACUGGCCGCCUGCGUGACCGCUCCCGCCGCGAGAGAGUUUUUCCCCCUCCCCCUCCGGUCCCACUUCGGCCCCCCUUCCCGAUUCUGCUGUUUUCCCUCCACUACGACCCUUUGGCUUCUGCAAAUUGGGAGGACACCUCUCGAUAAUUGCGCAGUCCGAUUCCUCGAAUUCACUUGGGGAAAUUUCAACCCUGAGCUCUCCCGGCAGUGAGAGGGUGUCUGAGUCUGAGCCCGAUGACCCUGAAAUAGCUGGGGUUUUCAGAUGCUUUGGGGAUACCGUGGGCUUUCGGGGUGAUGAGGGAAUCGGAGGUGAUGAAGUUCCCUCCUGCUCACCUUCUGUGGAAGCUAUUUCUGUUUCCCUUGGGACAAUUGGAACAAGAGCUGCCCUCUGCUUCUGGCUUUGCUCCCCUCCCUCUGCCCCUGUGGGAAUUUCAGCAACCUGCUGUUUGGCAAUUUUCCCAGAUUUUGUUGUUGUUACUUCCAGCAUCACCCAUGCAGAUGGUAAAAGUUUCAUGGCUGUUUCAUCUUUUCUUGUGGCUGAAUGAUAAAGGUGUCUGUUGGUUUCCUGCCAAAAUCCUGCUUUGAACAACAGACGUGUCUCUGAGUACGGAUAAUUACAGUGUACCCAUAGCAAAAGAUCUCUAAGUUCUUGUUCUGAAAUUUCCAUUGGGUGUGCCUCUGCCACGCCUUGUAAGGCUGACAAAAUCCUUAACUGUUCCUGGGAGCAUGUCCCCCCCAUGUUCUUAAUUUUGACCUUCUUACCAAAUCUGAGUCGUCAGGUCAGUCGGAAGGUCCUGGUCACCAAAAUGAUGUAAUGACAAGAAAUCCUCUCACAGGAGAGAGGAUCCAGGGCAUCUUCUGGUUCCACUCCGGACUGAUCUGGUACAAGUCUCUUUGGCAGAAGCUCUCUGGAUGGUCUUGAGAGUGCGAUGGCUUGAGAGUGGCUGCUGCUUCUCAGGCUGUUCUGGCUGCAUCCUGAGAGGCUUAUCAGUGCCCUCUUGGAUCAUGCCCAGCCAGUAGACACCAAAUCUUGGGUAGCUGGUUGAUAAUUGCUGCCCUGGGAUGCAUAGGAUGUCUCUGCUUCGGCCCACGCAACUGAAGAAUGAGUCUGAACUCUUCACUUUUUGGUCUUGAGGUUGUUUAUUAAUUCUUAUCUAUAAAAUUUUCUUUCUGCCCAGAGAAAAUUUUCUCUCUGCAGCCACAAGCACUCUGACCACCCUCGAGGGGGUGUUGUCUUUUUAUACUACAAACUACAUAUAACAUAUUUACACUUAAUUCCCAAUACCUAUCACCUAUGUUAGACAGUGCACUUCUACUUUAAACCAAUCCCAAAAUGCCAACGCCACUGCAGAAAAUGGAGAACAAAAAGAAGAAGAAAGGCUAGACAUGCCCAAGUUCCUCCAUCUUGUCCCCAUAACCUCCGUACGAAAAAACCUAAAAUCUACCUUUUCCCCCUGCAAUAAUUUUAUUAUUAUACUAUUCAAACCUGUGUGACUUUCAUGUCCUCAUACAAAGCUGGCAACUUGCUCCAGGGGUCAAAAUCAAAUCCCCAGGUGUUCUGGGCUGCACGCCAGGGUCUCCGAGCCCCCUGGUGGGGUCCUCGGCAACUCUGGACACCCGGAGGGAUGUAGUGAGUUCCAAUAGAUAACCAAGAAUUUAUAUCCUGUGGUAGCAAAUCCAUAUACUUUACUAACUUAUUUAACACCUGAGCUAACCUGGUUUACUGUUUUCGACCUGAAAGAUGCCUUCUUUUGCCUCCCUAUCCACGAAGCCAGCCAGAAAAUUCUUGCAUUUGAAUGGGAAAGCCCUAAAAGCAGCACAAAACACAGUUUGCAUGUGCCUCAGGGCUUCAAAAAUUCCCCCACUCUGUUUGGGGAGCAACUUGCAAAGAUCCAGAGUCCUGGGAAGCUCCACAGGAAGAAAGAAGGCUUUUGCAGUAUGUGGAUGAUCUUCUAGUAGCCCCUCGGACGAGGGAAGCAUGUGUGGCGUGGAUGGUAAGCCUUUUGAAUUUCCUGGGACUCCAAGGAAACAGAGUAUCAAAGAAAAAGGCGCAGGCAGUGAAACAGAAAAUAAUCUACCCGGGGUACGAGGUGAGCGCUGGGCAACGGACUUUAGGGCAGGCUCGCAAAGAAGCCAUAUGCCAAACCCCGAAACCCCAGACAAUGAAGGAACUCUGAACCUUCUUAGGCAUGGCAGGGUGGUGCUGGCUGUGGGUUUAUAAUGAUGGAUUGCUCAUCAGACCCCUCUAUGCUCUUAUUGCCAAUGGAAACACAGAUCUCCAGUGGACAAAGGAAGCCACACGGGCCUUUCACCAGCUAAAAAGUGCCCUCAUGUCAACUCCAGCUUUGGGACUUCCAGACGUAAGUAAACCAUUCUUUCUAUUUUCCCAUGAAAGACAGGGAAUUGCCCUGGGAAUACUGGCUCAGGACUUGGAUCCAUAUCGGAGGGCAGUUUCUUCCCUAAGCAACUGGAUGCAACAGCCAAAGGAUGGCCAGGCUGCCUCAGAGCUGUAGCAGCAGUCGUGCUGAAUGUUCAAGAGGCACGCAAGUUUACCCUGGGACAGAAAAUGACUGUGCUAGUGUCCCACACAGUGUCCACAGUACUGGCAGUAAAGGGCAGCCACUGGCUUUCACCAAAGAGGUUCCUGAAGUACCAGACCAUCAUGGCAGAGCAAGAUGAUGUAGAGAUAGAGAACUUCAUAGCCACGCUCUCGCCUGCGCCACCCACGCUGCAGACGGCACCACUACCCGGGGUUCUUGCGAAGAACCUGGGAGUGGCAGAUCUCAUGGUCUCCAGCCCCACACCAGGAGCGGCUAGCUGGCGUUUGUCCAGUUCCUGUGGCCGCAGGGCAGGCUACAUCAACCCAGCUUCUUUUCUCAGUGGAAAUCAAGGAGAAGCAGUACACCACGAUUGCCUGGAGACCAUUGAAGCUACCUACUCCAGCCACCCAGACUUAAAGGACGCUCCUUGGGAUGACGCAGAGACCUGGUUCACUGAUGGGAGUGGCUACGUUGCCAAUGGAAAGUGACAUGCUGGGUACGCAGUGACCACCUGCAGAGAGGUAAUAGAACCUGGACCCUUACCAACAGGCACCACUGUGCAGAAGGCCGAGAUAAUUGCCCUGACCUGUGCCUUGGAAAUGGCAAAAGGAAAGAGAGUCUGUACAAACUGGAGGUAUGCAUUCAGAGUCGUGCAUGCACAAGGAGACAUCUGGAAAGAGAGGGGACUACUGACCUCACAAGUAAAAAAGAGAUAAUCUGGCUGCUGGAAGCAGUUCAGCUGCCUGAAAAGGUAGCAACUAUGCAUAUUAAGGCACACCAGAGAGUGAGUUCAGAAUUGGAGGAAGGAAAUGAGCUGGCGGAUGGAGAGGCAAAGAAAGCAGCAAAAGCUGAGGUAAUUAUGGACAGAUUUCCCUUGAAGGUAAGCCAGAAUAUAAUAAUAAUACUAAUGAAAAGGGACAUAGAACCACAAGGGGUGAGCUACCAUUUAAAGGGAGCUGGUAAUCCCUUUCCCUUUGUAUGGUUGCUAGUAAAGGAGGAGCACCAGAAAACACACUGGGACCUAACUUCUUAAAAGCUUUUAUAAAGUGUGUCUCCUUUCCCAGAAUGACCAAGGCUGCCAGUAUUACAGAGUGCAUCGAAAGGAAGUGUUGACUUUUAAGCAGUAGUUUCCACAGGCUUUCUAGAACACAUAUCUGAUUGAAAGACUUGUUGCCAGGAAUUUAUAUGCCACUAUUGCUCAGAUAAACCGACAGUGAGAUCUUUGCCUCCAGACUAACCCCAAGAAUACCCCAGGCCAAAACGAGGUCAGAUUGGGAAAGGUCAUGGAUCCAAACAGCAGUGGCAAAUUGACUUUUCAGAACUCCCAUGGAAAGGGGGAGUGUCCGUAUUUAUGAAUAUUCACAAAUACAUUUUCAGGGUGGCCAGAAGUGUUCCCCACCAGAACUGUCAAGGCUUGAGAGGUGACCAGAGUAAACAAUGCCGCUUUUGGAGUUCCAACCACAAUACCUAUAUGGUGGCUUUAAGUAGGCAGCUCAGAGAAAAUGGAAAGCAUGUGACUGGAACUCAGAGCAGGGAGCUAGAUGGACCAGUACAUAGCAUACAGCCUGGGGAUAAUGUUUAUGUUAAGUCUCUUAGAGAAAAGACUUUGAACCACAGUGGAAGGGACCAUUCCAGGUGCUUCUCACCACCGCAAUCGAGAUCAAGGAGCAGAAUGCCCCGAUCCACCACUCUGGAGUGAAGAAAGCCCCAGAAGCCCUUUGGAGAGUGACACCAGGAGACAAUGAACUGAGACUAAAACUUACUCAGGCAAAACAAGUAUAUUGUGGCCAGGCGUAGUUUGUAAUUUCAUUUACAGAAUUGUUUUGCAUAUAAUUAUAAUUGGAGUCUUAGAAUUAGAGAGUACCUCUAUCCAAAGCGAUGCUGAUUGGCCUUGGUCCCAGGCUUUUAAUCAGUAUACUGGAUCCAUGGGAAAACCUGAGAUAAAAGAUCUAAACCUGUCCACUGUAGUAAUCCACCGGGAUCAGGUAUAUGAGGAGCAGGAGUGGCAGGAAUGGGAACUGUGGACACUUCAAGGGAUCAGAGGAGAAGAAAUCAAGGUAGGGUGCUGGCUGGUCAAUGGGACAGUUCAUGAGAGACCAGAUGCAAUUAGUGUCUCAACCUCUCCUGUAGGUUGCACCAGGAAGUUUGCAAUAGCCCAAGCAAAUCAGACUGUUGGUGUAAUUUCACCUUAAUACAGCCUGUAGAAGUGAUUUGCCUUUGGGCUCGUGAUGCUAUCAGGCUCUCAUUUAAAUUUAAAAUAGAUACUGCACUUUUUACAACGGCAAGACCUUAUACAACUCACACUAGGUUCAGACCCAACCCAAACUUGAACCUGAAGUGUAUGAAAUAGGCCCAUACAUAGUGAGGAAUGUGAGUGAACAACAACCAUUGUUCAAUCCAGAAUGGUCUCUCAAGUGUGUUGAAUUGCUAAUGCAAAUUAACAUCUCAAAAAUCCAACCAGCCUGCUCCUCUUUCCUAAGGACAUCCUUUGAGGGCUGGACAACAUGGUUACAAAGACAGGUAUACCUCAGGAGCAGAAAGGAUCUAACUGAGACAUUAAGGACAGGAUUGAGAGUUUUAAAUGGAAUCGGUUGAGAAAUAGUGAUGAAGAAGCUGGCCACUGCAGCAGGUGGCCUAGCAAAAUUGAACCAGCCUUUACAGUCAUCUCUGUUGGCAUUAGGAACUAGCCAGUGGCAGAUUUCAAAAGUACUGCCAAAGUGGGAAAAGGCCAGGGACCAAGACCACAAGUUAAUAGUAGAAGUGCUUAGUACAGUUCAAGAUAAUGUGUCUUUAGCUUUCAGUAGUAUACAAGCACAGUUAUGGAUGCAGGCAACAGCAGCUCUGAUCAUAUGGGAAGGGGGUGAAGGUAAUUUUCCAGCUGAAAUUUGGAAAGUUGUCUGGGAUAAUGCGAUUAAUUUUGAAAGGAAGUUUCAGUCCUGGUGGACUAUGGUAAAUUUCACCUCUGAUCCUGCUUCUAAUGUGGCUACUGCCUUUGUGCUUACCAUACGUAAUGCCACUGUUUACAUUAUCCACCCUGUCAUUGCACUAGGAUUAAAUAAUGAAAAAACUGUGCUCUACCCUUCAGAACAUAGGGUGUGGGCACGAAAGGUGAAUGAAAAGUGGAAAACAGUAAACUUAGAAUCCUGCAUUACAAGAGAACAACUAGGAUUCAUUUGUGAAAGCAGUACUAUUAAUGCCCAAGAUGUGUGUUUAGACACUGAACAGAGUAUUUGCCACUUCGAAAUUCAUCCAGUCACUGAUCAGAAAACUCUGCUCUUAUAUACUGGUAAAGGUUGGAUGUGCUUGAGAACUGCUUGUGCUGCUGUAAAAAUUGAUAACAAAGAUGUUAUUUUGUCUAGUAGAAAUCAUUCUAAUUUUUGUAUUGGCAAUUUUGUUAAGAUUAUCAAAUGUGAUUUUUCAUACUUGGCCCCAGUGACAUCCCACCAGUUGAUUAAAACCAAUCACACAAUGUAUCACAGACUAUCACCUACUCCUAUUGGAAUGGACCUCACAUUGGUAAAACAAUUAAUUAAACACCAAGACCUACUAGAGAUCUUGAAGAAAAUCCAAGAAAAUGGAGAGAAAACCCUAAUUACUGUCCAACAUGAUACAAAAGAAAUAACUAGAAUUCUGCAAAGAAUAAAACAAAAUGCAGAUCAUCAAUGGCGGGAUGUAAUCUUUGGAUGGUCACCAACUGCAAAUGAAAUCUUUAAUAAGUUGUAUCAUCCCAUUGUAGUUUUGUUAAUAUUAGUUGAGUAAGUUUAGGGUUGUCCUUUAUAUUGUUUAUUUGGAAUUGGAGAACACUACAGUGAGUAGCUGUGUUAACCUCCUUAUCAAACAUACAUGGUAAAGUACUAAGGCACGCUUAUUUGUCAGAAGAAUUUGCAUGAAGUAAAAGAAUUUACUGAUUCCUUUUAGGAAAGGGGAGAAUGAGGCAGAGUGGAAAUUUUCCAGAAUAGAAAUCCAUUUUGAUUUAGGUGAAAUGUACAUCUUUAAGUCUGUAGCUUGCUGUUUAGUCUGACUGCCUGUUCUCACAAAGGGCCUGUGCUUGGAGGGACUGCUUCAGCCGAAGGACAAGAGACAAGGGGGGAGUGGGGGGGCAGACAGAGCAGGGCAACCUGAUCCAGGAAUUCUUCCUGAUAAAGAAGAAUUAGCGGCAAGCGUCAUGCCACAAAAUCAGUGGAAUGAAUUGGUAUGAACCUAUUGUGAAAUAGCAUGCAUAUGUAUUUGAGAAGGAAAUAAACAGGGAUCUGGAGUUCCCAGAGGUACGCAUGUCAUUUUAGGGGAAUGAUUCCCACAUGCAUCCAGGGCUGUAAUAAACAUACCAGCUCUACAGCUUCCACAAAAGUUGUGGAGUUUGUUUCCUUCUGCAAAUCACCACAGGCAGGGCUUCAAACCCUCACUGCCACAUAUAUGUAUCUAGUUCUUUAUGUAUGUUGUAAAAUCUAUGUUUAGAUUUCCAUAUUGUAUACAGUUGUGUAGGUAUCUAUUUGUAUUGAUGUAGUUUUCUAUAUAUGUCUUUUUAAAUAGCUGUACUGGUAUUUGUAUCAGUAUAUAUGUCUGGUUUUAUAUUUUUAGCUGUAUAUUGAUCUAUUUCUAGAGAUGUUCUAUUUAUGUAUAUAUCUGGAUGUAUAGCUGUAUAUUUGUAUCGAUGCAGUUGUACAGAUAUUUAGAUUGGUAGUGCUGUUUGUCUAUUUAUAGAUAGAUUUGUUUUAUGUAUCUGUUUCUUGAAUGUAAUAGGUAACAUUUAACCUAUAUUCACAUCUAUAUAUUGUGGUAGUUAUAUAUGUAUUCAGUUCAAUUUGAAUGUGUAUGGAGUUGUAUGGUGUUGUAAUUCUAUUUGUUGAGUUCUUGGUAUUAGUAAGAGAUACUGAUAUUUUUGUAUUUCUAUAUGGGCUGUAUGCUUGUCGAAAUAUGCAAUAAAUCAAGCUGUUAAUUUUCCAUUGAUCUUUGUGUACAGUGAGUGUUUGUAGAGGUUUGCAAUAAAUUAGUUUUUGCUAACAGAA